UCAGGGCCUGAGGGGCUGCAGCCUCCCCUCCUCUCCUUAAAUAGACGGCUGUCCAGCACAGCUGCUUGGAGCCCACCGCCCGCGCCACCACCCACAGGCUGCAGUCCACCUGCCACCCUGGGACCGGCAGUAAGAGGCUCUCUGGGGCCUGUCUGCUUGUUCCCUCCAGGCUCACUCGGACUCUGCCUCCCGCUGAAGCAUGAAUGGCCUCGAGGUGGCCCCCCCAGGUCUGAUCGCCAACUCCUCCCCGGCGCCCGCAGAGCGAUGUGGCCAGGAGACGCCCCUGGAGAAUGUCCUCUUCGCCUCUUUCUACCUCCUGGACUUCAUCCUGGCUUUUGUCGGCAACGCCCUGGCCCUGUGGCUGUUCGUCCGGGACCACAAGUCAGGCACCCCGGCUAACGUGUUCCUGAUGCACUUGGCUGUGGCCGACUUGUCCUGCGUGCUGGUCCUGCCCACCCGCCUCGUCUACCACUUCUCCGGGAACCACUGGCCAUUCGGGGAGAUCCCGUGCCGGCUGACCGGCUUCCUCUUCUACCUCAACAUGUACGCCAGCAUCUACUUCCUCACCUGCAUCAGCGCUGACCGCUUCCUGGCCAUCGUGCACCCUGUCAAGUCCCUCAAGCUCCGCCGGCCCCUUCACGCCCACCUGGCCUGCGCCUUCCUCUGGGUGGUGGUGGCCGUGGCCAUGGCCCCGCUGCUGGUGAGCCCGCAGACCGUGCGGACCAACCACACGGUCGUCUGCCUGCAGCUAUACCGAGAGAAGGCCUCCCAGCACGCCCUCGCGUCCCUGGCCGUGGCCUUCACCUUCCCAUUCGUCACCACGGUCACCUGCUACCUGCUGAUCAUCCGCCGCCUGCGGCAGGGCCCCCGCGUGGAGCAGCGCCUCAAGAACAAGGCGGUCCGCAUGAUCGCCAUGGUGCUGGCCAUCUUCCUGGUCUGCUUUGUGCCCUACCACGUGCACCGCGCCGUCUUCGUGCUGCGUUACCGCGGGGACCACACCUCGUGCGCCGCCCAGCGCGUCCUGGCGCUCGGCAACCGCAUCACCUCCUGUCUCACCAGCCUCAACGGCGCCCUCGACCCCAUCAUGUACUUCUUCGUGGCCGAGAAGUUCCGAGAAGCCCUGUGCAACCUCCUCUGCGGCCGGAGGCUCUCGGGGCCACCCCCCAGUGCGGACGGGAAGACCAACGAGAGCUCGCUUAGCGCCAGGUCCGAGCUGUGAGCCCAGGGCCACCAGCAGCACCGCCCAGUCUAGAAGGACGACCCCUCGGACCCAUGAGGGAGGAGCCCAUCUCCUCCCCGUCAUUCCCGAGAAAAGACACGGAGACCGCAGCAGGUCACUACCACCUGCUCCGAGGUUGGAGCUCAUCACCGGGUGCUGAGGUCUGUCUUCCUUGAUACGCAAAGCCCAGGAGAGGGAGAACAGGAGGGACCGGACGGCCGCCCCUCUGCAAAGACGGCGUUGGCCCUGCUCACUCGCGGGCCCUAGUCACUCGGUGCCUUCACCCCGCGAAGAGGUGGCGAGGAGGCGGGAGGAACAUUCCUGAACAAUGAGUGUCUUUCUUUCCCAAGUGCUGCCUGCAAGCCCCCCGGCUUCCUUCCCAGGACACCGGUGAAGCUUUGCAGGGAGAACGUGGGAGACAGCUGCCAACGGCCUAGCAGAAGAGGGGACGCGGGAAUCUCGGCAGAGGGAGGGUGUCUCAGUAUUUCCUCUGAAGCGCAAAGCGCUUUGAGUUCCCUUUGUGACACCUUUGCCAGAGGACCCGGAGUUCGGGGGAUGCAAGCUCUAAAUCACAGCUGAACACUGUAAGCACAUUUCAGGGCAGUGGCCAGGGGACCUCCAGCAAAACAGGGCCCGGGGGGCACCUCAGCUCUCUCCCGCCAGAAACCCACACACGGACCUGCACGUGCCCGGCCAUCCCAGAGCUUCCUGGCAGCUACCCGGUCCCUCCUGAGUCCUGGUCAAGCACACAGCCUGGGUGGACCCUCCAGGGGAGCUGAGCUCUGUUACUGGUGGGGGAGGAGGAUGGCCUGCUGUGGGAACAUGUCCCCCACUGACCUGGACCCAGCAGGGCUGUGGUCCCACUCCCUCCCUGAGGCCUCCAGCAGCCCUGGCUCACCAAGCUCUGAGCCGUUUUGCUUCACAGCUUCUCCUCUUUUGUACUUGAUUCUACUGACCACAAACACCACUGCACUUUUAACAGCCGAAGGUUAUUCUGUUGGGUUAAUGAAACCCCCUUCCAGAACCUCUCUUCCCUGUGAUCUGGGAAUGGCAGCAUGUGGAUUGCGGUUCUGGUGGCCCCACGGCCUCCCUGCCUGACGGGGACUCUGACAUUCUGCCCCUCAGGCCUCCAAGUGCCAGCCUGGGCUGGGAGGGUGUGAGUGGGGCACCCCCUCCCUUCAUCAUGGUAAUACUUUACUUUCCAGAGCGCUUCCAGCCUCUCUGGACUCUCCCAGCAGAGCGCUGGAGCAGUGGGGUCACAGCUAAGCUGGGCUCAGGAAAAAGACAGGAGCUACUCAGGCCCACAGCUGGCCAGGGGGUCCCACCGAUGAACACGGGACCCCCGCUGCCCCAUCUGCCACCUGCAGCCUCUCACGUGAGCACCUGACACUCAGGCUCCUGCUGAGUGCCCUGCGGACACCAAGACAGUAGACCUGUAUCUCCGGUGGGGCAGGCAGAUGGCCGGGAUCACUGCAGCAGCAUCAGGAGGAGGCUAGGGAAUGGAGCUGGGGACGAAAGCCCAGACAGGAGAGGGCGUGGGAGGCAGACGGACAGCGGGACAGCGAGGGUGGUGACAACCAGGCAGGCGUGCUCUUCAUGGAGACUUGGCUGUCGGCAGAGGAGAAACUCAGAGCUGGUUGGCUGGGAUCUGGUGCAUCUGGGAUGCCUGGUGGACACCACGUGGAGAUGGCACAUGGGCAGCAGAGUAUCCCAAGGGAGAGGUCUGGGAUGGGAGCGGACAUCUGAAUUCUCUGGCACGUAUAUGCCAUUUAAGGCUCUGAGACUUUAGGCCCAGGGCAGAAUCCCAACCGAGCCCAACACGGAGACAUGGGGGGAGGAGGAGAACCAGAUGAGGAGAGGGACAGAGCAGCCACGGGGCAGGAGACCCCCAGGGUCCUGGGGCCCCAGGGAGGUGUGGGAGCUGCAGUAAAGUCUGCUGGGAAGUCACGAGAGGAGCCAGCAGUGAGCAACACGGGGGCCAUGGGGACCCCAGCCAGACAGGAUGCAGGGAGCAGACGGGAGAAGCCAGCGGGGGUGCUGGAGAAGGCUGCGGAGAAUCCCAGCGGAAGGUUCAGAGGGUGUUGUGAAACAUGGGAACCACCAAGCCUGACCCACAAGAAAGGGAGGGAGAGUGACCAGAGCUGGGAGCCCUCAUGGAGGCGUGUGGAGUGAGCAGGGCUUUGGGGGUGUGGGACGUGGCCUCCACUCAGACCCAGGCAGUGCCAGGCCGCAGGGGCCCCGCAGGGAAGGGGAGGGGAGAUUGUCACACUGGGGAUGGGUGGUGGGAGGAGGGGGUGAGGAGAAAGAGCCAGUCUUCGUGGAAGAUGAGAACUUAGCCUUCUAAGGAACCCCGGGCCUGAAUUCGGAGCAGCUGGGAUGGGUGAUUGCUGUCUCUCCAGCAGCGCUCGUGGUGGGGUGAGGACGGAGGUGGAUGGUUGGGGUCAGCAGUGGGGGUGGCCAGGCGGGUGGGAACUUGACUCCAAGCUCCUUAUCCAUCCACUGUGUCUAACAGCGCCCGCUUGGGCUGCCUUUCCCCCUUCGGUCUACUGUCAGCCUGCUCCCGGGAACACCCUUGAGUCUGAGCCAGCCCAACUCACCCCUCACUCUCUCCAGCCUCGGUCCUCACCAGUAAACCGGACAGGGCUCUCCUGUCUGCCUGGAACGGGCCUGGCACCUCCGAGGAGGAGCCUCUCCCUCCCAAGACCCGCCACAUCUCACCUGCCCG